CUCCCUCUUGGUCUCGCCAGCUCUCCUGUCGCUCCUUCUCCUGCCAUCUCUUCCUCCGGGGUUCGCUGACAGGCAAGAUGGCUGUCGCAAGGCCCAUUCGCAUGCUCGGUGCCUCGUGCAUCAUCCUCAUCCUCUUCCUGAUUUUCCAGAUGAACAAAACGCCCGUCAUUAGUAAGGGGCCAUACAUAACACAGCCGUAUGAGGGCAUAACUUCAGAUCCUCUCAAAGAGCCAACUGGAGAACCGACAGGCCACUUAUGGCGUGCGACAGAUGGCGACUAUUCUCCCGACAGCACCGACUCCCCUCGGGCCAGCGCGGCACUGAUCUCUCUCGUCCGCAACGAGGAGCUCAACGAGCUGAUUCCAUCCAUGCGUGAUCUCGAGCGCACCUGGAACAGCAAGUUCAACUACCCCUGGAUCUUCUUCAACGAUGUGCCGUUCACUGAGGAAUUCAAGAAGCGCACACAGGCGGAAACCAAGGCGAAAUGCUACUACGAGCUGGUGCCCAAGGAACACUGGGAAGUCCCUGAGUGGAUCAAUUGGGAUCUCUUCAAGGAGUCGGCGCAGAUCCUGAAGGAGAAGAACAUCCAGUAUAGUGAUAAGGUCUCCUACCACCAGAUGUGCCGCUGGAACAGUGGCCUGUUCUACAAGCACCCCGCUCUUGCCAAAUACCGUUACUACUGGCGUGUCGAGCCCAAGGUCAAGUUCUUCUGUGACGUGGACUACGACGUUUUCCGUUACAUGGCCGACUACAACAUCACAUACGGUUUCACCAUCAACCUUUUCGACGCUCCGGAGAGUAUUCCAUCUCUUUGGCCCGAGACCAAGAAGUUCCUCGCCGCAAACCCCUCCUAUGUUUCGGACAACAACAUGAUGAACUGGCUCACUGAUGACCAACUCCGCCCGGAGCACACUGAAGGAGGAAAUGGUUACUCUACCUGCCAUUUCUGGUCCAACUUCGAGAUCGGAGACAUGGAGUUCUUCCGGGGCGAGCAGUAUUCUGCUUACUUUGACCAUCUGGACCGGUCUGGUGGUUUCUUCUACGAGAGAUGGGGCGAUGCUCCUGUACAUUCCAUUGGUGUUGGUCUCUUCGCGGACGCAGCCAAGGUUCAUUGGUUCCGUGACAUCGGUUACAAUCACAUUCCCUACUACAACUGCCCCAACUCGCCGAAGUGUUCCGGCUGCACACCCGGCAAGAUGUAUGCUGGUGAAUCUUGGCUGGCUAAGGAGGAUUGCCGGCCUAGCUACUUCCACCAUGUCGGAACCCACUAGACGUGCUGGCACAAAAUAAUGCUGCAUUUGAUUCGAAUGAUAUGUGCAUAAAAGCGGCGCAGACAUUCUCCGCGGCCUUGAAACCGAUUCUGCAACAGGUGCAACGAACAGGUAUCGUUCCCCUGGCGCAUAGGCGUUAUGAUCUCGGUCUCGGAAUCUGGGGGGGAUUCACCCCGGUAAUAGAGAUCUCGUGUCGUCCAGUAUUGCAGGUUGCCUACGCAAACCUCAAUGCAAGUGUCAAUCACGGCCUCAUUUCAUUCUCCUAUAACAUACACCUUCAUGACAUGAGUCAUUCAAAAACCAAUAUCAGAAUUUCGGCGGCGUUUGACGGCUUGGUUUCUUUUUUCCUAUAUUCUUCCUUUCAUGUUGUUCCUACUAUUUAUAGUCUUCGUUGUGUUAUGCUACC